GGGACCAAAACAAUACGCAUCACAAAGAAAGACCACAGCAAUUUUAGUGAACCGUACAGUGCGGGAAAACGGCCGCAGCUCAGUGUCGCAAUCUCCAGUUGCUUUGCGAAUAUAUACUACAGUGAUCGAUUGAGAGAUGGUUUCGCCAGUGACAGUGGUGAAGAGCGAAGGCCCUAAACUGGUGCCCUUCUUCAAGUCUACCUGUGUCUACUUCGUCCUGUGGCUACCAACCUCAAGCCCUUCUUGGUUCAGCGCCCUCAUCAAGUGUCUACCCAUCUUCUGCCUGUGGCUCUUCAUGCUGGCCCACGGCUUCAGCUUCUUAGGUGCCCACUCCAGUGCCCGCAAGAUCCUGGCCGGUCUCAUCUUCUCUAGCCUGGGAGAUGCCUUUCUCAUCUGGCAGGAGGAUGGCUACUUUAGCCACGGUUUGCUGAUGUUUGCCAUCUCCCACAUCCUCUACUCCUCGGCCUUCGGUAUGAAGCCCCUGAACCCGCUUGCCGGCCUGGUGAUCGGCGCCAUUUCGGCCGUGAGCUACGCCCUGCUCUACCCCUACCUCUCAGGCCCCUUCACCUACCUGGUGGGGGUCUAUAUCGCCCUGAUCGGCUUCAUGGGCUGGCGGGCCGUGGCCGGCCUCCAGUUGGCCAAUGACCUGUGGACCUGGACCAAGAUGUCGGCAUGCCUGGGCGCUGUACUCUUCAUGGUCUCCGACCUCACUAUUGCCGUGAACAAGUUCUGCUUCCCUGUGCCGCACUCACGCGCCAUUAUCAUGGCCACCUACUAUGCCGCGCAGAUGCUGAUCGCGCUCUCCGCCGUCGAGUGCCAGGAUGUGGAGACGGCAAGGAAGAUGGCAUGAAGAGGAGAGAGCGAGGUCGCGUCACGUGAUCAAGAAGAUGUGAACGGGACAGCCAAUCCCCCUUGUUUUUGUCAUGGACAUAUUCCAGAGACCGUUACCCCCAAACCCCCUGCUUUGGUUGUAGCGUGGCAUUCGCACACCCUUGUUACCAUGGAAACUAGUGUUCUACCACCAGCCUGCCCCAUGGCUAGUGGGACAGUCAAAGACCCUAGUUACCAUGGAGACAAGUGCACUACUUUUAACCCUCAACUACUGCCCUACAGUUCUCGUAGAUACGUCCUAGUUACUAGAGAGUAGUGCACUACAACUCCCCCACCUCACUGCCUAGGAUUUUGGUACAGACGACCAUACAGAUCACCAUGUCAAGGUUUGUGUGUGGGUGCGUGUGCGUGCGUAUUAGGUUAGAGGAUUCAUACUAUAUAACCUACAGAUGAGUGUGAAUUCUCAUGGCCUGCUACAAUAAUAGCCCCCCAGUCAUUGGCUGCCCUCUCCACCCCAUUUACAGUACAAUGUGGUCCAAUAUUGCAAAUUCAAAAGGAUGUGUUUUCUGUGGCAUAGUGUCUUUGCAACUAUUUUAUCACCAUUAUUUAAUUUAUCUCUGAAAAGGGAGUUGUUAAAGUGAAUAAGUUUGCACAUCUCGACUUGUUAUGGGGGAGGUAGUGUCCCAUAACUGCUGUCUGUUCUCAUGUAUUUAGGUGCUGUUCUCAAAGUCUGGAGCACAUCCACCCUCCUUUUGUACUUCUGCUCACCACACUCCUAUUAGAAUACAUCCUCUCUCCUGUGUCUAUGAGCCUAUGAAAAUUGCUGUGAAUGUCUACGCACACACAGAGCGAGAGAGAGAGAAUUCGUGGACUUUUACCUAGCUAGCUGUUGCUAACUCAUUUGUCCUGGGAUAUGAACAUUGGGUUGCUAUUUUAACUGAAAUCCAUAUGCUCCUUCUAUCUGCUGGAUCUUUGUAGAAUUUUGACCCAUUUUGAGUCCCACAAAAUCAUGUGUUCUCUGCGACAAUUAAUCCGAAGGUCCAAAGUUAAAAGGGAAAGCCUAGUAGGUUUUCUUUGAUUAAUCUCUCCUCAUUCAUUCUUCUUCGGAUUUUAUAUGACUGUUGGCAACCGGCGUUAAGGCUCAUGACCUCCAUCAACUAGGCUGGAGUGUGGACCUGGUUCAUCUUUCAAUCACUCACGUGGGUUUGUAUGCUCCUUCAAACCAAAGAGUAGAUGGGAGAGGCAUGACUUGCCGCGCCAAAUAGAACCAAGUUCUAUUUUAGUGCCUGGCUAUGCAGAUGACGUGCGUGAGCAGUUUCGAUGAAAUGAUUGAAUAACGUGUAUGUGUACAUUUAUUUUGCAACAGUCGCGCACGCAACCUGGCCGGUUUGGUCAGCAUGUGAGAGAUAUCAUUUGAGAGCGCCUGCUCUAGUAUUUUACCACAGUCAUUACUGAUCACUCAAAAGGCUGGUCCCUUCACUGCGGUCUAAGGGGAACAUUUUUCUUAGAUCUGUGUGCGUAUGUGUUUCUCUGUGUGUGUGUGUGUGUACCCUCUGUACCCGAGGCAUCUCACAGUGUUCCUCCUUCACUGUUUAUGUUACCCUGAACACGCACAAACACACACCACAUAUACACGCUUCCUUCAGGUCACACUUCAUACCCCCAGCUCCUGCUGGUUUGGUUAUUAGAAGAAGCUGGUGGUUCCCUUAUUGCUGGAACAUUUUCAGCUACCAACUGUGUGCCUUUGGCCAUAUAAAGUGUCACAAAAGGGACAUGUUGGCUAAAGCCAGUCCUUGUUUUGUCUGCAGCGCUUGGGCCUUCAGAGAAGAACACUGCCCUAGGACACCCUGGUCCCUAAGUGUCCAAACACAGCCAAAAAAGAGAGAGAAGACUGGCCAAUGGUUUCAUUAGCACAAGGGAACAAUUAUACCACUCAAUCCCAAUUGGUUACAUCCCCCGAGAUAGAUAUGCAGCUAUGACCCUUAUCUGUCAUGGUGUUUUUCUCUGUUGCACCAGCUAUAGGGCCCAUCUUUGCUGAGUUAUUGUGCUGUCUGUUUCAAGCAUAUUGACUGAAAAGAUUUCAGUGUGUAUUUAAGACAUUUUUAGAAAACAGAUACGUUGUUAUACUUGUUGCGUGUUGUUUUAGUGUGUGCGUGUGUACAGUAUGUGUGUGCGUGCGUGUAGGUGUGUGUCGAGAUCCCUUUAGGGCCGUGGCAGAAUUGCUGUGAUCUAUCAUUUUGGCUUGAACAUUGGCUAAAUGUACAUCACACCGGCGUAUUCCUAUUUUGUGAUAUUUUCUCAAAAUCCUUUGGCAUUUUCUCUUCUUCUCUUCAGUCCACCAUCUUCCUAUUAAUGGAUAUUGUCUAUAGUAUUUUCACCUGCUAUUACCUUUUCCCUUGCUGUCUCUUUCCUUUCUAUGACCCCAUAAUCAGGGAUGACGGAUUAAUGCCAGGCCAUUUUUAUGUAUGUAACGUUUUCCCAGCUAGCACAUAACGUUCUGAGAACCAUAUGUUUCUUAGAGCUUGGUGAGAGAGUGAUUUGUUGUUUAUUUUGCAUACAACUUUCUGGGAAUG